GCCGCAACACUGUACGACACUUUCCUGCUCGAAAUGAAGUUCUUUCUGCUUUGCGCCGUACUUUUCACGGCUGAGUCCAACAAGGUCAGCAGGUCCUUGAGGAGCACCGCUUUGAGGCUAGACGCUACUGUGGCUACAGAAGAGUCCGAAGAGAAGAACCCUUGCCCUGACGACCUGGACAACCACUACCCCGACAGCCUGGACCCCAAGUACACCAUCGUGGGCAAGAACAAGCUGGACUCGAUCUGGGACGUGGAUAAGCUCCGCGAGGCCUUGUCCAAAGAGGAGCGCUGGGUCAUUGGUGAGCCAUGGCUCCUCAAGGCCACUUUCACGAACAACGGCAACGUCCCGCGGAUGUUCGGCUUCCAAGCUGGUCAAGACAAAGGUUUCAUGAACAUCCUUGUCCCUGCCGGCUGCGUUGAAUGCACCCUGUCCUCUUCGGGACCUGUCUUGACCUCCGCACAGCAUGCGGAGUACUUGUACCGUGAUGAGAAGCCCUUCACCAGCGGUGAGGUGACGAUGUCCAACAUCUGCUUGACGCCGCAGGUCUGCAAGAACUUUGAGUGCCCUCACCCUCAGACGCAGAAGCUGAAGCCGGAGUCCUUUGGCUUUUCAGAGGCCGCCUGCUGCGAGCCCAGGAAAUGCAGCGAUGAGGUUACUUGUGCACCAACGACCCAAUGGGAGCCUCGGAAGGACUUCGACACGCGCCUGGGCUCCACUCCCCAGGGCUGCUGUGUAGCCAAGUACUGCCCAGCAGACCUUUGCGACAACAUCACUGGCUGGGACAAGAAUCCUGCCACUGGCUUGAAAGGAAGCACGAAGGAGGAAUGCUGCAUUCAGAAAGAAUGUGAUAUUGAGUGCUGCGAAGAGAAGAAGUGCAGCGAGUUCGAAAUCCAGCCGGAGCUGAAAAGCCACUGGAAGCUCAAGGAGAAUGCCGCCGAACUGACCGGCAACGAGCUGACGGAAUGCUGUGACCCCCGUCUUUGCGGCGACUUCAGUUGCCCCAACAACACGCAGUUCCGGCCGAAGAAAUCCAACUCUGUGCUCACAGGCAGCACUGUGGAGGAUUGCUGUGAGAACUUGCUUUGUAGCACCUACACCUGCAGCAAUACCACGACCAUGCAGAAGAAGGUCAACGCGAACCAGCGCCCAGGAUCCACGGAUGAGGAGUGCUGCGAGUUGAAGUUUUGCAAGGAUUACAAGUGCAGCGACUCCAGCAAGUGGAUCCACAUCUCGGAUCAGCUCGGUGUGACCAACCUGGAUCGCCGGGGGAGCUCCGACGAGGAGUGCUGUGAGAAGAUCCUGUGCCGUGCAGAGAUCUGCAGUCCUAGCACCAGUUGGAAGCCCAAGAAAAACGUGGAGGAGAUCCUGGGUAGCAGCAUGCGAGAAUGCUGCGAGCCGGUUUACUGCGCCAACUUCACCUGUGACACGGAUGACGAUGGGGAUGGCGAUGGCACCAUGUGGUACAAGAGGGUGGACACCAACACGUACAAGUGGCAGGGCAGCACCAACGAGGAGUGCUGCUUGCCCAAGUACUGCAGCCAGUACACCACGUCCACUCCUACACAGUGGAAGAGGAAACCUCAGAAGGAUGUCCAGGGCAGCACGGACGUGGAGUGCUAUGAUCAGCUCUGGUGCACGGACUACUGCUGCGUGGGUGCUGGCUGGGUGAAGAAGCCUGCGCCGGAGACGCGCCCAGGCAGCACGGAUGAGGAAUGCUGUACUCGUGCUGAUCUGCCGGACACGCAUGUGAAGCAGAGGGAGCGCCUCACCGGGAACGAGGAACUUCGACUCUCUGAGAUGGCUCCAUCCACACAGAUCGCUGUGGCCGCUGCAGCCUUGGCAGGCUGUGCCUUCGUUCUGCCCCAGACUGGCACUCAGAGUGCCCCAGCCCUUCGACGCAGCGCGCAAACACAGGCUAGCUCUGGACGCUUGCAGAGUUCGUUGGCUGCCAGCACCGCGGUGGGAGUCCUGGCCGCUGCAGUGGUGCGGGCACGGCAAACGAAGCAGAGCUCCACCGGGUUGAAGGCCUUCGAGAACGAGCUAGGAGUCCAGGCUCCCUUGGGCUUUUGGGAUCCUGCUGGCCUUUCCUCAGAUGGCGAUGCGCGGGAGUUCUACCGCCGCCGUGUCGUAGAGAUCAAGCAUGGACGUGUCUCCAUGUUGGCCUGCACCGGAUACAUCGUGCAGGAGUUCUUCCGCUUCCCAGGCUUCCUGUCGCCCUCCAGCGAGAUCAAGUUCACCGACGUGCCCAAUGGCCUGGCGGCGGCGACCAAGGUGCCGGCGGUCGGAUGGUUCCAGUACACAAUCUUCUGCGGCAUUUGCGAUCUCUGGCUCAUGCACCAGGUGCCGACCAACCCACCAGGAAAGCUCGCCACCCGUCUUUUCGGUGAGGGUGCCACCAAUUAUGAGUAUGGCUUCUUGGGGCUUCCAGGAUAUUUGGGCGGCAAAGCCAUCGAGGACCCCGAGAUCAAGAAGAAGAAGCUGAAUGCAGAGAUUGCAAACGGACGACUGGCCAUGAUGGCGAUCAUCGGCAUGUUCUUCCAGGAUGGCUUGACAGGCUCUGCCUGGGGUGACUGGGCCAACUACACUGAGUCCCCUCUGAGGGCCUUUGAGUCCGAGCUGGGUGUGCAGCCGCCCAUCGGCUUCUGGGACCCCUUGGGCUUCACCAAGACCGACGACGCGGCCUCCUUCCGCCGCCGCCGCUAUGUGGAGCUCAAGCACGGACGUGUGGCCAUGUUCGCCUGCCUGGGUUACAUUGUGCCCGAGUACUUCCGCUGGCCUGGCGACCUCUCGCCAUCAUUGGGCUUGAAAUUCACGGAUGUUCCCACAGGCUUCGCAGCCUUUGAAAAGGUGCCCCUGAGCGGCUGGGCGCAGAUGGUUUUCUUUGCCGGCUCCGUGGAGCUCUUCCAAUACGUGGAUGAUCCCAAGCGUGCCCCGGGCGACUUUGCGAACGCCGGGUUCUUGGGCGUGCCCAACAGCUACGUCAAGGCGCCGGAGGGCACCAAGGAGACGAAGCUGGCGGCGGAAAUCGCGAACGGACGCCUGGCCAUGAUGGCCAUCAUCGGCAUGUUCUUCCAGAACGGGCUCACAGGCCAGGCCUGGGGUGACUGGUCCCUCUACACGGAUUCGCCCCUGCGGGCUCUGACGCCUGCACAGGAGUGCAUCGCAGGGACUGGUGGCCCUUUGCCAGACAUGUUCUGGGACCCUGCUGGCAUCAGCAGCAAGAAGAGCAAGGAGGAGAUCUUGGAGCUCCGCGCCCAGGAGUUGAAGCAUGGCCGUGUGGCGAUGUUGGCGUGCAUCGGUUGGUUCCAUGUGGCCGGUGGCUUUCACAUCAUCGGCGACUACGCCGUCGGUGUGCACUUGGAUGACAACCCUUUGGUGAGCUUGACCCAGAUGCCAAUGGGUGGCAUUUGGCAGGUGGUCUUCACGAUCAUGUGCCUUGAGUGGCUCACCACCUACAUUUGCAAGCCUCCGGCAGAGAAGCCCUGGGACAUCCUGGGCUGGUCUGACAUCCUCAUUGAGGAUGAGAAGAGCAUCUGGAAUCAGUUCAGGAAGGCUGAACUCCAGGAGUUGAACAACGGCCGCCUGGCGAUGAUGGCCAUUGUCGGGUUGAUUACCCAGGAUGUCCUCUUCGGCGAGUAUGGGCAGCGCUUUGCACAGCUCUCGUGGGACAAGAACUUCUUCCCCCCGGACCAGGGUGUCUACGAGCCCUUUGCCACGUUCUCCUACCCGACCAUCUUCCCAGAGCUCUGAGAUGGCCAAAGAUGAGGGAAAGAUAGGGUUUCACAGACGACCGCCUCUGGCUGCGAUUUUUUGCCAAAGAUGGGUGAUUUGGGACGG